CUGUUAUUGGAGGAGGAAUUGGAGGAACAGCAGCUGCAUAUUUCUUGAAACAUCAUUUUGGAGAUGACCUUGUCCUACAUCUGUAUGAAUCACAUGCAGUCGGGGGGCGUUUGGCUGUGCGUUCUAUUGCUGGAAACACUUACGAGAUUGGUGGUGCUGUUAUUCAUCCAGAAAACAAGUACAUGAAGGAGUUUACCAGUAAAUAUGGCCUUUCUGAAAAAGAAAAGUGCCUCAGUCGAAUGGGAAUCUUCGAUGGAGAUGAGUAUGUGUUCCAAGCCAGUAACUUUGGCUUUGCUGAUACUGUCAAGUUGUUUUGGAGGUACGGAUGGGAUGUGCAUAGUUUCCAUAAGAGCACUAAAGACUUGCUAAAGAAAUUCAAUAGGAUCUAUGAUUUGCAGGGUCAAGGCCAAGCAUUUUCCAAUGUAAGCGCUUUACUUAAAGCUGUAGACCAAGAUUUGCUGGAUAUGACACAUCUUUCAGUACGGGAUUGGUUUAAAAAAAAUGGCUACAAGGACAAUAUUAUAGACGAGUUAGUGACAGCAGUAACAAAGUGCAACUAUGGACAGAAUGCAGAUAUACAUGCCUUAGUUGGAGCAAUAGCUGUAGCUGGAGGAGACCCUAAUCUAUGGUCUGUAAAGGGAGGUAACAUGCGUGUAGCAGAAGAACUUCUGAAGCAUUCUCAUGCCACACUACUCAAACGUAAAGUUAAAGAAAUUAUGCUGAAUGAAGACGGAAAUUUUAUGGUAACAUCAGUGGAGGCAGAAACAUCAGAUAAACAGGGUGAAAGACGUUCACGAAACAGCAGUGUGGAUAACAAAGAAGAUAAAUCUCGUUCUAAAGUCUAUGACCUUGUUGUGGUUGCUACACCUUUGACUAAGGACACAAGUGGUAUUCAGUUUGUUAAUUUUACAAAGAAAUUAACAUUUCCAGGCCGUUAUGAAGAGAUCUUUUGUACAAUGGUUCAGGGUAAAUUGUGUCUAGAAAGUGUAAAACUAACUGAAAAGUAUCCUCUUGAUGAAAUUUUGGUAACAAAGGCACCGCGUGUUUACAACUCAAUAAGCAGGCAGACACCAACUGAUGCCGUGUGCUCAAAGGAGUAUCCAGAUGUCUGGAAAAUCUUUUCAGGGACUUCUCUUACUGAAGAACAUUUGAACGUCUUGUUUAACGAGUGGGAAACAGUCCAUGAGGUUAGGUGGUUCGCAUAUCCUCAUUAUGACUCUGACCAACAGCUCGGAGACUUUGAGUUGCAUCCUGGCCUCUACCAUUUAAAUGCUAUAGAGUGGGCAGGAAGUGCUAUGGAAAUGAGCUGCAUUGGGGCAAAAAAUGUGGCAUUGCUAGCCCUCAAACACUGGCUGCAAGAUCCAACAGCUGGGAAAAUGGGGAUAUUGAGGGAAGAACUGUGAUUCAACUAGUCUAGAUAGAGUUGAUAAAGAAAAUGGGUUAAUCAAGUGUUAUUUAUGGCUGUGAUAGUAGUGCCUGGUAUGUAUAAGGAAUAUGAAAUUAUUGUAUUUGCUUUAUUUCUUUAGAGGAUUUCUUGUUACAGUUGUAAUGAAUGAAACAAAUUGCAUUCUAGUUUCUUAAGGUUUCAAAAAAAGAAAAAAUUCACAAAAAGAAUAGUUUUCAGUUGGGAUAUGAAAAUUGCUGUCCUUUGUUUCAAGCAAAGGGAAAAAAUUGUAUUCUUUUUUGUUGAUUGUUUUAAGAUACUUUAUUUUUUGUAUUCGUUUAUUUUUUUUGCAGCUACAGCAUGUAAAAAAGAAUAAAACUGAAAUACCA